CAACUCCUACUUGAUGGAAAAUACACACCUCAAUCUAAUUUACAACUGAAUAUGCGCGUCAGGACGGCCCAUUCUAACUUAUCAAACUAUUUUAGUGCUACUGCCAGUAUCACGACUACGCGGAUCGCGAUUAUUACAUAUUUUCUUUUCACGCGUAUGCGAAACUUAAUUUCACACGACUCCUGUUCGUUGCAAAACUUUUGUCGUUUAGAUUCACAACCGAAUCGCGCCCGCACUUGGAGAAUUGAAGACGUUCGAGUGUCACCGUUAGAAGAACCGGAAUUGGAAUUUGCGGAACCUAGCGAUAAUGAGACAGGGAGGUCGUGCGGUCAAUGGAACGCCUCUACGCCGUGCCGUCGGAAAAGCUGCGGGUUUGGAUGGUUUGGCUUAACGGCGUCGGCGAGAUAGCCGACGAGUGGCACAAAUGGCUACGGGUGCACAUUGAUCUGAUUACCGAGCGUCUUCAACCGGGCGCGAACAGCGUCCCGGGGGGCAGCACGAAGAUUGAAUCCGUCACAAACGCUAAGUCCGAGGAAAUCCUUGAUAACGCAAUACCAACGGAGAAGGAAGAGAGAGAUGUAUCCUCUGAUGCCUUGAACGAAAAGUCGGAAAUCAUCGAAGACGAAACCACUAACGACAUUUCAUCUGCCUCAAAAGCACCAUUGGAAGAACGAGUCGAUGAAUCACCGGAAGCGAUGGCAAACGAAUCGAGCGCGAAUCAAGUCUCGUCGACGUCACAAGCUCACAACAAUCCGACGACCGACAGCGCUGGAAGGAGGACAGGCGAAGACGGAGAAGAGGAAAGCGCGAUGACGGGCGCGAGCGAGACGGCAAAGGAAACCAUGCCGGUUUGGCCAAUAGGGACAAGUUCGCAGACUCCCUUGACUCGUUGUCCGAUCGAGAGGAAAGCGGAUCAGAUGGAAACGAUUCCGAGUUUUAAGAUGCCGCAAGAGGAAAUGGAAAGGAUUGAGUUUCUGAAGAAUUUUCCGCAUCAAGCCACCUUGUACGGAUCUUAUUACAAGCAUUGGAUAGAAACCGCUGAUCAAGCCGUAAAGGAAAUUGCCGGCAGAACGGUGGUGACCACAGCGGAAUUUCGAGCAACAGACGACGUCGAAUCGAGGUUGGAUGAAGCUACUUUGCAGCCUUCUCAAUAUUCAAUGAAGCAACCCGAAAGCGCCGUCGCUCAACCGAUAGAGGAAACGACGACAGCAACGGCGGAAAUGCCGAUGUUGAGCCAGAUUGAUUCCCCGACGAAAGAUGCGCUUGAGGAUUCUGUCAAAGCGACGACAACGUUAUCGGAUGAUCAAUCCGAAGUAGUUGAGCCGCCCACGGAGGAGAUAGCCGGAAUAGAGGCUGAGUCUCCCUCUGCGGAACUGGAUGCUGCCGAAUCCCCGUCCGCGGAAGUGGAUGCCGCCGAAUCCCCGUCUGCGGAACUGGAUGCCGUCGAAUCCCCGUCUGCGGAACCCGAUGCCUUGUCCCCGUCUGUGGAACCGGAUGUGACCGCGCGCGCGACACCGCAACCGGAAACGACACCCCAGAUGUCGCCGACAAUGGAGUCUAUCGUCUCGAAGCCAUCGUCCGAGAUUGUUGCCUCGACAUUGUCCGUGGAAGAAGCAGUAGCGAAACGUGAAGCGGCUGAAAAACUGAUAAGGGAUAUGGCACGAGCCGAUGAAAAUAUUCCAUAUUUCUUCUAUCUGAAGGCAGAGCCCGAUAUAGAUAUUGCAAUUCGGUACAACGACGAAAAAGUAAUACCGCCGGAUCUUGAUCGUGAAAGUAUCUCCGUCAAUCGCAAACGCCUGUAUUUUAAUCUGACCGAUAAACUCGGCAGAGAAUAAUAAUAAUAAAUCCUAGCAUUAUAAUAAAAAGUUUAUUAAAAUGCGCA